UUUAUCCGCAGGCUUUUGGGCCCUCCAAAACAAGCAUCAAACGUCUGGAGAUUAUCCAUAAUGAUCUACAUACGUUUCCUUUUAAUUACGUUUCAAUGUUAUACAAACUUGAACAACUUAUACUUUAUUAUAACGCAAUCAGAAUCAUACCGGACCAUGCCUUUGGCUUACAUACCAAGCUCAAGGAGAUAAACCUUUCUUUUAACAUGAUUCAUUAUGUCGGAUCAUUCGCAUUCGAGAACCUUCUUGCUUUGAGAGUUCUAAAUUUGCGCUAUAACAAGUUAUUUGUAUUGAAUAACUAUGCUUUUGCUGUUGAACAAGUGAAUCCCAAUCUCUUACUGGAUCUAUCCAACAAUUAUAUUAUAUUUGUUAGUGAAGAAACAUUUAGAAAUCAAGUACCGAAACUUCUGAACAUUUCUAAUAAUCAUCUCCAAUCAUUGAGUAAAUCAAAUUUUGAAAACAUGCUGAAAACUAUGACGACUGAAAGUUAUGGAAUGAUAGUCACUAAAGGUAACCGGUUUCUCUGUACAUGCGAGAACUCUGCUUGGUGGGUCAUCCUUCCGUAUGUGUCAAAGCAGUACAUCAAGGGAUUCGUAUGCUCAGAUUUGAACAUUAACCUUAUGAAUGUAACCUUUAAGGAUAUUAGAUGUAAGGAGAAUUAGGUGGUUUGAUCAACCCUUACACGUAUGAUGUACCAUAGUGACCACAAAGCACGUUCACACCAACAGUAUGUUUUAUACUUUUCACUCUGAUAUAGGUCCAGCUUAUCUCUGUUUCACUUGUGUUCAGGGUUAUUGACGAGGAGUGGAAUUAACACACGUUGAUCAAAGUGUAGGCUGAACUGGACAUACCUUGAACUUAGACUUCGAGAAUAAACAGUUAUCGGAAUACUAAGUUUAUUAUUACGUAUGACGUAAUUUUAAGUAAAUGAAAUAUCUACAGUGUAUUAGUAAACUACUCUUUAUCUUUGUCUCCAUAGCCUAUAUCAUGUUUGUAUUGUGAGAUUCCAUAUAAUAUAACAAAAUUCAAGUUUUUCUUGUAAUUGGUGCUAUCUCUUAAAUUUUAAGUCUAAAAUAAUUCUGAAGUUUUGCUGUAAUUCGUAAUAAACAAAUAUAGUUUUCAA